AUGCGGGUGCAUCCAAAAUCGAUAUUGAGGUUGUCCAGAUGCAUGAAGCAAUGGGCUAGUCAGCUCAUUGCCCCCAAAUGUCCGUGCAGAUUUGAUGUUUCAGGUGCAACAGGGAAGCAUUCGUUGCGUUUCUUUGUGGUUGGUGGCUUCAGUGGAAGUUUGGCCGGGGCCAAUGCGACUUUUUGUGACUCAAAGGUUCCAAAUGCCGCCGAAGAUGAAGACGAUGAGGACUUUGACUUCAACUUUGCCAAGCCGCCAGUCGUUUCAGCUCCUAUACAGCUGAAGUUUUCAGUGCAAGUUAAACCCUCAGAGGCAGGACAGCGUCCGACAGCGGACAUUCAGGUCCACUCCACCCUGUCGUUGCCUGUUGAAAGAGGUUGGCCUCGGGAUCAGCUGGAGCCAAAGGAUGUGGCAUCUUUCAUGGCCGAAGUCUUAGCCGAUCGUCUGCCGCGUUUUGCAGCGGAUUUUUGGAAUUUGCACCUGGUAGAUGCUCCGCUUCAGCUCCGUGGCUAUCAGCAGUGGUCCUCAGAGCACCCUGCUCAACUUCGAAGUACCUGGCUGCCAAAGAUAUGUCCUGCGUGUGUGACGUUGCAGCGCCUUCCGAGUGAAAUUGGAUUUGACCUUGGUCCUUCUGGCAAAUUGACGGUGGCAUGUGAGCCUGUCGGCUUACAAACGACAGAAGAUGGAGAAAGGUUGGACUUACAGGUGAGCACCGCCUUGAACGGAUUUCCAGUGGCUGGAGCAGCUUGGGGUUGGCUCGGAUGUGGUGGCCGUUGGUGGUUUGAGAGAUUUCGCUUGCCAACGCUUCGCAAAAUGCUCCAGGCAUACCAUGAGAUGGUGCAUGAACAGAUGAUGUUAUACUAUGUUGCUGCUUUGAAGAACUAG